UUGUAUUUGGACGUGGAGGAGGGAGGCCCUUAUGUUAUCCUCCUCGUCCUACUUUUUAUGACCGAUUAGUUCCACUUCCACUCUCCAUUCCGCCAUCCAAUCCGACCUGAAAGCUCAAAUCUUUCUGCAUUUUUCCCCUCUGGGUCUCUCCAAUGGCGACUUGGGUCCUCUCAGAAUGCACCCUAAAACCUCUCCCUAAAUCCUACCCACAUCCCAGAAACGCCCUCCCGUCAAAACCCACCGUUCCUUCCUCCCUCCGGCCGUUUCCAACCUCAAAAAGCACCAAUCUUUUUCGGUUCAGAGAGGCAAAAUGGUCACUCAAUGUGAGUGCCCCAUUGCGGGUCCCAUCCGUGGACGGGGAAGAUAAUGGGAGAGGGAGCACACAUGGGGUUGGAGACGGUGGUGGAUUCGACCCUGGUGCCCCUCCCCCCUUCAAUUUGGGUGACAUCAGGGCUGCCAUUCCGAAGCAUUGCUGGGUUAAGGACCCCUGGAGAUCUAUGAGCUAUGUGGUCAGAGAUGUGGCGGUGGUUUUUGGGAUGGCGGCUGUUGCAGCUUACUUUAACAAUUGGGUUGUUUGGCCUCUCUACUGGGUUGCUCAGGGCACCAUGUUCUGGGCUCUCUUUGUUCUUGGACAUGAUUGUGGCCACGGAAGCUUCUCGAAUAAUCCGAAGCUGAAUAGCUUGGUCGGUCAUCUUCUUCAUUCUUCAAUCCUUGUCCCAUACCAUGGAUGGAGAAUUAGCCACAGAACUCAUCAUCAGAACCAUGGACACGUCGAAAACGAUGAGUCUUGGCAUCCGUUGCCUGAGAAAAUUUACAAGAGCUUAGAUAAGAUGACUCAGAUAUUUAGGUUCACCUUGCCAUUCCCCAUGCUUGCUUAUCCUUUCUAUCUGUGGAAUCGAAGUCCGGGAAAGAAUGGGUCUCACUACAAUCCAAACAGCGAACUGUUUCUCCCGAAUGAAAGGAAAGAUAUCAUUACUUCCACUGCCAGUUGGACAGCAAUGGCUGCGCUGCUAGUCGGUCUGUCUUUCACAAUGGGUCCUGUCCAAGUGCUUAAGCUCUACGGUGUUCCAUACUGGAUGUUUGUCUUGUGGUUGGACUUAGUGACUUACUUGCAUCACCACGGCCAUGAGGACAAGCUUCCAUGGUACCGUGGGAAGGAAUGGAGUUACCUAAGAGGAGGAUUGACAACCAUCGAUCGCGAUUACGGUUGGAUCAACAACAUCCAUCAUGAUAUCGGGACUCAUGUUAUACAUCAUCUCUUCCCUCAAAUCCCACAUUACAACUUAAUAGAAGCAACAGAGGCAGCUAAGCCUGUGCUUGGGAAGUACUACAGAGAACCGAAGAAAUCGGGGCCUCUCCCACUUCACUUACUGGGAGUCCUUGUAAGAAGCUUUAAACAAGAUCAUUACGUGAGUGAUACAGGGGAUGUUGUAUAUUAUCAAACAGAUAAGGAACUCGCCGGAUCAGCAGUCCCAGAAUGAAGCCGUGAAGUCAUAGGUACAACGAUCGAAGCGUUACAGCGUACCAAAGGAUUAAAUUCUUUCUGACCACCUUGCUUUAACCCCCGGACAGUUUCUGGCUCUGCAUUACUAGUCUGCCUUUGGCAGCCAUUCUUUUUCUUAAUAUACUGUGUAUUAAGAGAACUAGGUGCCUUGCAUAGAUACAUUGCAGGCUGUUGAAUUGUAACACGUUGGAAUAUGUAUAGUGAAGUAUAAUGAUUUGAAUGAAAAGGGUUGAGUCUUGAAAUUUCCAAA